GUGCUCAGGGGGAUGCUGCUCGUUCUUAUACGUAGUGGUGCUCAGUUACCGCAAGCCCAUUGUAACGGAGCAAGAUCGGGUUGCAUCAUCGAAUACACGAGAUAUUACAACGGAACUAUGGACACGUUCUUUCUCACUCGCUUGAAGGCUGAGUUUACGCAGUGCGCUAAAGAUGGAGCCGUUCCACGGUGCCAAACAAAAUGAUGCGCCCGUGCGGUUCCGGAUGCAGGCUCAUAGUCAAAAGCCAAGACGACUUCGGUUAGCGUGCACUGGAUGAGUGAAGUAGCGCAGACAUCGGUGUAUCCAUCGGCGUAUGCAUUCGUUAAUUCAUUGCCGACUACAACACCAGUGUCUGGUACACUGUGUAGCUUCAAACGAUGCCAGACGCCGAAUGAGCCAAAUGCACUAUGGGCGUGAUGGGUCUUGGAGGACGGGUAUCUCAAAUGGUAUGAACGAGAGAAGGCAUAGAUCGACCAAACGCAAAGGAAGAGCACACUUCCAGUGGCGAAGCGUGGAAAACGGAAUGGGCUCCUGUGUUACACAACUGUGCUGUGCCACUUCGAAGCCGAAGGUCAAAACUUGGACUGUCGGAACAGAGAUGGGGCCUGGCGAGCAGGGAGAUCGCGGCCUAGAAAGCCUGGGUUCAGUUUCAUCGCGAUGGGGACUCUACACAGCCACGCCAUAAACGAUCAGUGUAUUGUAGUCGACCACCGUUUCGGGAAGUCGGAAGUGAAGUAAACGACUCGAGUGAUUUCCUCACCAAUGACCCCUCCGAUGACAGGAGAGCCUGAGGAAGCUAUAUACGCACGUAGUCGUAUGAUUUCCAAGACGGAUAGAAAAUCAGCGACAAAAAGUGCGACCUCGAUUCGAAGAAGAACGAAAUGCCUCUGAUAUGCCUUGUCCAAUCCUAGUCCUGAAGAACGAAAUUUACUGCCCCGGAUAAUCUCAUCGUAACUUGAUCGCUGUGGAACCAGGGCAGGCCGACGUUGACGGAACACGAGUGAGCAAGCAGCGCAAGGAGAGGAGG